UUGACAAUAAAACGAAAACCAGUAAUCUCAAAUUUCAUUCAUCGUUUGAAAUAUAUUUGAUAUUAUUCAUUUUUUUGUAUAUAUAUAUGUUUUAUAUUCGUACAUAACGUUAUAAAUUGAAAUCAAACAUGAAAUAUAGUUGUAAAUACGAUCGAUGGAAUAGCCAAAAUUCGCCGGAUGUUGUGUUUACUAAUCAAAAAUUGUGAUUUCUUCACCUGAUAGACUGAUUUUCUUCACGGAGAAUGAUAAGCUUGGAGUUCUGAUUUUCGCAUCAUGGAAUUGUGAAUAUCUAGAAUAUGCAAAGUGACAUUACAUAUGAACGAUACAAUGAUUACUUCAAACAAGGCCAAUCGAAUGGAACAGAUUUCAACUACAAUAUCAAGGAUAAUAUUUUGAAGUCAGUCAGAGAACAGGAAGCCCAGUUUGAGAGACUGACCCGUGAGCUGGAAGAGGAAAGAGCUAAAGUUGCACACAGAGUAAAACAGUAUAGAAUAGGGUCAGAGACUGAAAGCAUGAAUAGCAUAAGUAGUACAGAUGAUACAUUCCAAUGGGGUGGUCCCCAGGAUGAGUCUCUCCGAUACGGAGACGAGUCACACGGGCUCGUGGACUCCUGUCUACACGAAUUAGAAAACCGUGGUACAAUGCAAUUUGGUGAAGUAAAUAUGAACUACAUGGAUGACCAGUACGGAGAAGGGCGGGGCGGGCCAUAUAGCGGAGACUACAACUCGUACAAUGGGGGCCCUCACCAUGAUCCCUAUCCUGGCGCCCCCCAACAUGACACCUCCAUGCACUCUUCACAUGUCUCCCUACAGAGCACAGGCAGCAACAGAAACAACCCUCGCGCUCAGCUGAAGUUAAGCAAUCAGAAUCUUGGCAGUCGAUCAUCAAUUCCCCUUGACCAACACAAUGACAACUAUGCGCCCUACUCAAGUCUUCCGCAGCGUAACUACGAGGAGUAUCCGGGCGCCACAAUCCCCUCUAAUGGUUCCCCGCGGGGUCCAGGCACCCCCACAAGGUUCAAUAACAACAACUAUUACGAUGAUUAUGGUAGCAAUUAUCGUAAUAGUCCCCUAGCUUUUGAACCUAACACGCCAGUCGGUUAUGGUGAGCCUGAGGGCUAUGGUGAGCCUGAAGGCUAUGGUGAGCCUGAGGGCUAUGGUGAGCCAGGUCCCAUGCAGCAGUUUCAACAGCCAGACACCUCAUUUCACAAUGAUUCAUUUUCUAGGGCUCCACCUGUAGAUGACCGGUACGGAGGUGGGCCGGUAGAGGACAGUUUCUACAGGCAGUCCCCGAUGUUGGAACGUCAGUAUGCGGGAGGGGCACCUCCACAGGAGGGCAACUACAUGGACAGUCCCCUGGGUGGGGUAAAGCCCCCCUACGCGGAUGAUAGCUUCCAGGGUGAACCAGACAGUUUCCAUGCUCAGCCGGACGGCUACCAGGGUCAACCCAAUGGUUACCAAGUUCAACCUAAUUACUCUGGCUCUCAACAGAUGAUUGACAGGUAUGCUGAACCAGUAAACGACAGUUACCAGGAUGAACCGCCGAGAGAGCUGCGUCACCCUGACGAUGGCAGGUACCCGGAGGAUGACAGUUACCAGGGACAAGAUGACAGCUUCAGAGGACCAGCUCCACAAGAGGACAGAUACAGAGGGUAUCCAGAUGACAGCUACAGAGGUGACCCAAAUGAUCGCUAUGACGACCAACCAACCAAUCAGAGCUUCCAGCAAAACCAUCCAGGCAACAUGCCAUAUGGUGAUGAAUUUUAUCCAGAAGAGGACACAAGGCGACACGAGGGCCUGCCACAAGUUCAGGAUGACCCAUUUGCGGAUGAUCCCUUCCGACAGAAGCAGCGGAGCCUUCAGCACCUUCAACAGGCGGAGGACCCUUACCCCCGCGGCCCCUCCCCUGGGGCAGGUAGUGACCGCAUGGGUCCAAGCAGUUUACAUGACAGGCCACCUGGCUAUGACCAUAUGGACAAUCCGGAGCCCCCUGGUCGCUACUUUGAUGAUGGUCUGGGUCAGCCACAGAUGAAUGGAUACCCUGAGGAUGAACAGGGGCCACCAUCAAUCAAUGAUGGAUCAAUGCGUUGGCGAUCCCCAGACCUUCAGGAGGUGAUUGACUACUUGAGUCACCCGAGUGAUGCAAUAAAGUCCAACGCUGCAGGGUACCUGACCCACCUGAGCUACAUGGAUGACACCGUCAAAAAGAAGAUACGGGGACUCGACGGAAUUCCGCUCCUGGUGGACCUAUUGAACAGCGAGUACCAUGAGGUUCAUAAAAAUGCCUGUGGGGCCCUGAAGAACCUCUCCUACGGUAGACUGAAUGAUGAAAACAAGAGGGCAGUGAGGAAUGCGGGAGGAAUCCCGGCGCUGGUGCGACUACUGAGGAAGACGCAGGAUGAGGAUGUGAAGGAUUCUGUCUCGGGAGUACUCUGGAACCUGUCAUCAUGUGAUGAGCUGAAGAAGCCUAUAAUUGACGAUGGUCUGGCGGUGCUGGUGAACGUGGUGAUCAUCCCGCAGUCAGGCUGGGAGAAGCGCGGUCUGUCCCCCUACCAGGCACAGGACUCCUGGACAACCACCUUCAGAAACGCCACAGGUGUUCUCAGGAAUGUGAGUUCUGCAGGGGAGGAAGCGCGAAGAAAAUUACGCGAGUGUCAAGGACUUGUUGAUUCAUUAGUUCACACAUUACGGACUGCUAUAGAUCAAAACAAUGUGGACACUAAACCAGUGCAGAAUUGUGUGUGUACAUUACGGAAUUUAGCAUUCAGAAUACAGGAAGUCGAGGACCCAGACUUUUACAAAAAGCGUGACGCAACAUUGAGAAGACAGAAGAAACAAGAAAAAGGCACAACGACAGGGUGCUUUGGUGGAGGAGGAAAGAAAAAAGCAGGACAGAAAAACAAACCAAUCAUUGAUGACAUGGACCAACCAAAGCUGCCACCAACAGCGAACAACUACCGUGGUCUGUGGGGUGUAGAUGCCGUGCGCUACUUCCUGCAGCUUCUCACAGGCUCCAACCCCACCAUGUUAGAGGCUGCGUGUGGAGCCAUACAGAACCUCGCUGCUUGUGACUGGAAGCCUGCGACAGAGAUCCGGGCCCUGGUUCGUAAGGAGAAGGGACUUCCCAGCCUUGUGGAUCUACUUACUUUCGAGGAGGAGCGUGUUGUGGGAGCCGCGGCAACCGCACUAAGGAACCUCUCCAUAGACGAGCGGAACAAGGAACUUGUUGGCAAAUAUGCCAUGAAGCAGUUGAUCAGCAACCUUCCCCAGGCGAACAAGCCACGAGAGGUGACUGAUGAAACUGUGGCUGCUGUUCUCGCGUGCCUUGAUGAGGUCAUACAGCAUAAUGUAGACUUUGCCAGGUCAUUCUGCAUAGAGGCAGGCCUACCCAGGUUGAUGUUCUUGUUACGAAACCAAGAAGCAUUCCAACCCAGGCCGAGGAAGUUUGCCAUUGCUGUUGCAAAGACACUUUGGAAGUUUAAGGUGUUACAUUCAGAGUACCAGCAGAAGGGUUACUCAGAGAAGGACUUCAACCCAACCCCCAUUACUGGCUCCCAGCCUGUGAGUAACUACAGCACUUUUAACAGGCAAAACCAGGGCUACGAUGACACCACAAUGACGUCACGCAGGGGGAAUGGUUACCCUACCAACCAUAUGGCUGGUAGCAACCAGAGACUCCACCAGGGACACAGCAACCAAGCACUCGAUCAAAGAGACAUGUAUGGCAGUAAGCAGGCAAUUCCAAUGAAUGACAUCAGCCCGCCAGUUGGAUAUGCACCGAUAGAUGAACAGGACCACCGGAGAAAACCACCGGCCGGAGCAGUUCCACUCUUCCCCAAUAUGAUGCCGGGUGAGCAGUCUGAACCUCUCUAUGCAAAGGUGGUGAAGAAUCGAGGCCAUGACGACAUGGGGGGUCCCCCGAGCCCCAACCACAUGAUGGGGCAGCAGGACGGGGGUCCAGAAGGGGCUGACUCCUGGGUAUAGCAGAAGCCCAGGGGCCUCCAGGGGGCCAUACUGAGGAGGACAGCAGUUGUGAUCUAGUGAUUCAUAAAUGGAAUAACUCACUGACAUUGUACACAAAACACUUUUGCUGGAAUACUUCUUGGAUUGUGAUAGCAAUUUUUACAAAACCAUGUAGUUUGUAUGUAUGCGCUUGGUGCCAAAGUUGCCAUCUUUGCAUGAAAAAACUCUGUGCAUUCAUUUAAAAAAAUGCCGUAGAAUCUUUUAUGUGAAGCCACCAUAAAAAGGGUUAAAAGUUGCUGAUGAAGCACAUGUGUCUCAUUUUAUCAAACAUAAAAUUGCUAACAAAGAAAACUCUGAUAUUACAAGAGAUUGAUCUGUUGAAAAUUAUGAGCAGAAAUAGCUUGUGUUGGCCAAGAGAACCGCAAAGGACAGUAGAGAGAUGAUAAUAGCCAUAUCAGGCUUCGCUCUGGCCGCAAGGAUUCAAGGUGUGCAAUGCUGAGUUAACGACAUAGCUCAAAAUCAUGGUGAAAAUUACAUAGAUUUUGUUUAGUACAUAAUAACUGUAUAGAUUCUUACAUUCUGAUUUCAUUGUAUACAUGGAAAUAUAUAUAUAUGUAUAUUCUCAGACCAUUUUGUAACCCAUACAUCAAAACAUUACUCUCUUGAAAAAGAAAUUCAUUUUGUUUAGCAUUUUUUUCUAUUUCGGUUGUGUUGUGAAAAAGUUAUAUGUUACCAAUCUUUACAAUGGCUUUGAAUGUAUAUUAGUAGCUUAGAGGGCUAUUUAGGCUGUGUUUACCAUAAAUGUGGCUUUAAAUAACUGCUGCAUUGUACUGUCACACAUAUUUAUUGCUAAAUGUUUGUUAAGCAGCUAGAACUAUGAGUAUACAGUGUAUAGAGUGAACAAAGACAGGACAUAGCUUUAUCCUGUGCUCUAUUUCACCCAUGUAGAAACACUUUUGAGAGUGUUUUUCUUUGUUUUUGUCUAUACAUUAACUUCCAUAUCAAAACAGUACAAAGUAUGCAGAGCUUUACCAUGCUAUAACAAUAGUGCGCUAUUCACUUAUACCUCAGGUUAGUUAUUAAAAGAAGUCCUUGACAUCAACAGUCGCCCGAUACCCUCACGUCAGAUUGAAAUAAUACUCACAAGCUAUAGCUCUCUGACUUGUGUUGAAUUUCAAAAAUUCGGGUAAUUGAUGCAGUAUUACAAAUUUGAAAAUAUUUUGGUAAAUGAUAAAUGUGUAAUCAGAAUGCAUAUCUAUUGUGCAUGUAUUCAGAACAUUUUGUCUUACAUUUUGGCUAAUAUCAAAACAAAUUUGUAAUCUCUGCUGUCUUGAAUGCCUUUAAACAUAGGUUAGUGGUAAAAUGUUUGGCUUUUAUUUCGAAGAUUACUGCUAACAACUCCAAAAUAGUGAAGAAAUAAAUAGCAGAUAAAGUUUAUUUUAGUAUGUUAGUAUUCAAAUACAUUCCAUUUGCUUGAUUUUAUAUUAAGUGUUAAUACUACUUUAUUCAUAAAGGAAGUUCUGUGUUUGUAUAGUACUAAAAUUAAACCCAAAUGAGAAUCUCAUUUUGCAUGGGAAAUUACUGGCCUAAAGAUUAGUCUUCUAAGAUUGUCCAUUGAUGUUCUUCACAGAUUAUGGAGAAGCAAUCAUUUUUGUGAUUUAAGACAUCAUUAUGCAAGUAUAAGUAUUUUAUUGUUUCAUUGUGUAUGUUUGUACAUAAAUGUAUAUCAGAUCAGAAUUUUAGUUUUCAUAGAUAAGAUUUAUUGGUGUUUGUAUAUUUUUCUAUGUAAAGCUAAGCAUGUAGAAAAAAUUGUAUACAAAAAUAAAAUAAUAACCUUUCUUCUUCAUAAUUUAUGCUUGUAAUAUGUCAUAUCAUACAUACAUUUUGAUAAAACAUUGUCUAUUAUACACCAUGUUUUAAACAAUAAAAGAGAGGCAAAUAUA